AUGACAGCAGCUCGUCCAUCGGAUUCGACGGUGGGGGCAGCCGAGGCGGCCAGCGACCUGGGCUACCUGCUGGCGCCCCUCCAUUGGACGGCCAUCAUGCGGCACCCGCGCAGCGUCACCGGCUCGGCUCUCCUCUUCCGGCUGUGUACCCUCGUCUUGGCGGCCAUCUCCCUGUCCUUCUUCUGCUCCGAGAUCGCCGUGGUUUGCCGCCAGGGCACCGCCGACCUGGACGUCUUCACGCUGACGCUCAGCGUCUCGGACACCACCGGCACCUGGCUCGUCCGCCUGGUGCACAUCGCAAUCCGUGAGCACGACUUCCACCGGCUCGCGCUUCAGGUGGGCCAGGACUUCGCCGAGUUCCUGAGUGCGGACGACGUGCCGGUGCUGCUGGACCAGGGCCGCGCCGCUCGCCGCUUCACGCUCACCUACAUCUGGUUCGGCAUAGCCGCCUCCGCCUACUGGCUGGUCUCCCCCGUCAGCCCGGAGGGCCUGCCCUUCAUCCUCGCCCUGCCCUACGACGCGACGACUCCCUUGGGCUACGCCGUCUCGUGGCUCUACUGCACGAUAGUCACUGUGCACGUCGUCGUGAUGACCAUGGUGUUCGACGCCUUCAACGUCAGCCUCAUCGCUCAGCUACGCAUACAACUCACGUUGCUCAACAGGAAAAUUAUACGUAUCGCCAAUGAGUGCACUUCGAGACCUUUGGACUCAUUACAAAGUAUCGACCACCAGGACCUUCACUACCGACUAGAGAAAUGCGUCUUACAUCAUCAAGCCAUUAUCAGGAACGCAGACUUGCUGGAGCGCUGCCUUGGCGGGAUGUUGCUUGGGCAGAGCCUCUCCAUAGGCGCCGUCGCCUGCUUCCAGAUGUUCCAGGUCGCCAUGAGUGCAGAUGGCCUACAACAGAUUGGAAAAUUUGGCUGCUACUUGUUUGCCAUGCUUGCGGAGCUCUUCAUUUACUGCUGGUUCGGAGAUGACCUAAUUACAGAAAGCGAGAACCUGGCCGCGGCGGCAUACGACGCGGUGACGUCACUGCAGGGAUGCCCCCUCUCCAUCAAGAAGUCGCUGCUGCUGAUGAUGCACCGCGCGCAGAGACCUCUGCGAAUCACUGCUGGAGGGUUCUUCCCACUCUCCAGGGAGUCCUUUGUCGCGGUCGUCAAUGUGUCUUAUUCAUUCUUCGCGAUUCUUCGAAAUUUCAAGGAUGAAAAAGUGUAG